AUGAGUGAAGGCACAAGGUCACCUAUCAGUACGAAAAAGAUAACACUGGCAGAUGACCUGCCACAGCUUGUACUGCUGAUAUGCCUGUAUUUGCUGCAAGGAAUACCAUUAGGGCUCGCUUUUGGAUCCAUACAAUUCCUCCUAAAACAGAAUCCAAACGUCUCCUACAGUGACUUGGCUCUCUUCUCUCUAGCUAGCUAUCCAUAUUCAUUAAAGCUCUUCUGGUCUCCAGUCGUCGACUCGAUAUAUUUCAAGAGCAUAGGCAGGCGAAAGAGCUGGAUUGUUCCUAUACAGGCCAUCACGGGAAUCACACUCUUCAUUCUUGGCUCAAAGAUUGAUGGCUUGUUGGCACAGGAAGUCUUGCCAGUGCGGGCACUCGCGGGAUCCUUCUUCUUUAUUGUUCUGUUGUGUGCAACUCAAGAUAUCGCUGUUGACGGUUGGGCGUUGACGUUAUUACGAGAAGAAAACAAGGCAUAUGCAUCUACAGGCAAAUCCCUUGAAUUCUCUGUGUCAUCUGUCAUACUAUCUCUAACGCCCGAAACUCUUAGCGCAAACAAUAGGAAUGAAUAUAACAAGUACCUGAGAUCAACACCUUCAGAGUUGGGACUCUUUCAACUUGGCCCAUACAUCCAGUUCUGGGCACUGGCCUUCUUAGCAUGUGAUUUAUGGUUGAUUUUCGUUCAAAAAGAGAGUCCCUCUCAUGAACCAUCCGGAUGGCACGAAAUACGAAUAGUCUACAGACAAAUAUUUAGUAUUAUCAUGCUACCACAGAUGCAGAGAUUCAUUGCAGUCAUGAUGGUGGCAAAGUUGGGAUUCAUUGCCAGUGAAUCAGUCACAGGACUGAAACUUUUAGAGAAGGGAUUUAAGAAGGAAGAUUUAGCUUUAGCAGUGCUCAUUGAUUUUCCAUUCGAGAUACUUUUUGGAUACUAUGCUGCUAAAUGGAGUAGUGGGUCACGUCCACUAAGGCCGUGGUUGUAUGCCUUCUAUGGACGACUUGCUUCAGCAUUGUUGGCAAUGGUCCUUGUCGCUCUGGUUCCAGCUAGUGGUAUCACUACUACAUUCUUUGUGAUAGUCAUGGCAUCCACAGUGCUUGGAUCUUUCAUGUCUACGGUUCAGUUUGUUGGAAUGGGCAGUUUCUUUACUCGAAUCUCAGAUCCAAGUAUCGGAGGCACCUACAUGACAUUACUCAACACAGUCUCCAACUUUGGAGGGACAUGGCCGCGCUACUUCAUCCUCAAUGCCGUCGACUACUUUACAGAUUCGACAUGCUCAGAAACCGAUUCCGGCAACUCGACAAUCCACUGCUCGAGCGAGCCUUCCAAAGCACUCUGUAAAACAAUGAACGGAACGUGUCAGACACGUGUUGAUGGAUACUACGUGGUUGGACUAACCAUGUUUGUAAUUGGUGUUGUUUGCUUGCUAACGCUAGUCAAGCCUGUAAUAUUGAACAUUGAGUCACUGCCAGACCGUAACUGGCGAGUCGUGAAAUUCAAGGAGGAUGAUGAUGGAGAUAAUAAUCGGUAUGGGGAUGAGAAUGUUAGAUUAAUAGAUCAGUAG